AAAGCAUUCCUAGCUUUAAAAAGUGGCUGGAUGAGCACCGGAGGCGGUGGCUGGACAAGAUGGCAACUUGGAUGAGCCUUUUCUUAACUCAGUUGACCUUCAUUGCUGCAUCUAUAAAGGGUGGCUUGGCAGAGGAGCCAGAAACUAGCUGCUGUGCACAGCUAAAAGGGCUGUCUGAGUGUGGGGCAGACAGGAAAUUCUUUUUCCAAGGCCAGCCUGGGACUCCGGGGAUCCCUGGCAUACCAGGAACAAUUGGACCUCCUGGAGCUAAGGGAGAUCCUGGCCCUCUGGGGCCCCCUGGUGAGAAGGGCUCCCCUGGAGAGCAUGGAAAAGCUGGGCCCAAAGGAGACAAAGGAGAAGCUUGUGCUUCGGACUGCGGAGGCAGCUCCCAGCAACAAGAAGGCCCAAGAGCGAAGAACUGCAAAGAGCUUCUAGACCAGGGUGAGACCCUAAGUGGGUGGUACACCAUCUUCCCCACAGCUAAGAAAGCACUGGCUGUCUUCUGUGACAUGGAGACUGAUGGAGGAGGCUGGCUGGUGUUCCAAAGGAGACAGGAUGGAUCAGUAGAUUUCUAUCGUGGCUGGGAGUCCUACAAAAGGGGCUUUGGGAACCGAGCAUCCGAGUUCUGGCUGGGCAACGACAACAUUCAUUUUCUCACGAGUUCGGGGACACACCAACUGAGGAUCGAUGCCGAGGACUUUGCCAAAGUCAAAACUUUUGCCCUGUAUACAAACUUCAAAGUCCUGAGUGAAAAUGACAACUACACAUUGACCCUGGGCUCUUACUCCAGUGGUGACAUGGGAGAUUCUCUAUCUGUGCACGACAACAUGCCAUUUUCAACGCGGGACAAAGAUAAUGACAACAGUGCCUCCAGCUGCGCAGAAGUCUACACGGGUGCAUGGUGGUAUGGGGACUGUCACCAUUCUAACCUCAAUGGGCUUUAUCUCAAAGGCGAACACAGCUCUUAUGCCAAUGGCAUCAACUGGGCUGCUGGGAAGGGAUAUCAUUACUCUUACAAAUAUGUGGACAUGAAAAUAAGACCAGAGUAGGUAGCGAAGAAAAGGUCUAGCGUAGGCUGGGUGCUUUACAGCCAAGGGCCUGGGCACUACUUCAGCUUCAAUCUCUUGUGCAUUCUCCAAUUUUAACCUGUGAGGCAGCCUGAAUUAGGAGACAUCUCCACAAAGGUGACACCUGACUUAUCCUCCUUGCCCCAGUCUUGAUCCAAUAAAGUUAUCAGUAAGGACUAGACUAGGGGAGCAGGCACCUUCUGUAGCCUUAAGUCAAGGUUAGGGAAGGGGUGACUCUCCAGAUACGCUUGGGAUUCCAAACUCCCUCCUAUCAGCCUCAGCCAGCAGUCAAGGAUGGUGGUUGUAGUCUAGUGACAGCUGCAUAGCUGCCAAGUUUUCCCUUUUCUCGCGAGGAAGCCUAUUCAGCAUAAGGGAAAAUCCCUUUAAAAAAGGGAUAACUUGGCAGCUAUGGACAGCUAGAGGGCCAUGGUGUCCUCAUCCCAGUCCUGUCAAUCUUUAACUGCAAACAAGCACACAUAGUCCCACUUUAUAUUAGCUCCUGAAUCUACCCCUUCUGCAGAACCACCCUUCCCCAUGCAUCCAAUAGCUGAUGUAGGUGGAAGACUUGGAUACAAGAACUUGAUUUAAAGUAGGCCACGUUACUGAGGAUCUUGGUACAAGAAACUAUAUGGAUUGUGGUCAGUGCAUUGACGGCUAUUUCUGAUAACUCAUAGCAGACCAGCCAGAGGUAGAACUGGUAUAGUUGUGUGCUCACACACAUAUUUGUUAAGUCUUAAUAAGGGCCUAUCUCUCUCCUAUGUUCCUUCACCACUUAAAUCCAAACUUAAAAGCCAUGACUUCAUAUGGAAAAUGAGACAUAGCCAUACCUCUGUAUUGCAACCAGCCUUUAUCUAGAUAUCCCCUACAUCUUUAGGCAGGAUAGGAGCUGCCUUCAAGAGCUGUUACAGACUCAGCCCUGUCAGGGCAUGGUCCACAAACAAUAAAUGCUGACUGUUUGGCAAUUCAGAAUGUACUGUAUAUUGCUUCUCGGGUUUGACUUUUGGCUGGAGAAUCCCUUAGAAUUUUUGCAGCUAGCUUGACAGAAGCAGUUAUGGGGACAGCUUUCGGGGACUGUUGUAGCUCUUAAUUAUUAAUAUUAUUUGUAUGAGAAUGUUAGCCUGCUCAAUCUGUAUAUGAAAAACAAAUAAAGAGAUUUUUAAAAGACAUGGUAAAGUAUCCAGA